AUGGAAACAAGAACUAGGAAGCCAGGUCAGGGAAAAAAUGAGUACCAGACUGAGAAGAUAUCUCUCUACAACAACGAGUACCUCGGCGAUGGCUAUGAGUACAGAAAUGUUGAGAAAAUCCUUGGCAGAAGGAUCAGAGUUUUCCCAGAAAAUAGUGCUGAAAUCAGGCGUCUCCAGCUUGAACCGAAAUCUUAUUCUAGAGAAUUUGAACAGCUUCUUCAAGAGUUUUCUGGAAAUCCAAAAUUUGCAGUCGAGUAUCUUAUAAAUUGGGAGGGAUUAGAUUACCUUGACUCAACCUGGGAGCCAGAGCAGAGACUUGAUAAAUUGAAAGAGCUUAAAGAGGCUAUUGGUUUAAAAGCAUGCCUCAAGCAGAAAAAUCUUAAAAGAACAUUUAGAAAAUACGAUAAGGAGAUGUACAUUGAGUAUGAACUUGAACAGAAAACUGCAAAUAAAAGAGAAGGAUCACUAGAUAAUGGUGAUGUGCCAGUCAAAGUAGUUGGCAUCAGAAGAGUAAAAGGGGAGAUCUAUGUAAAGGUUAACUGGGAGACUAAAUCAGGAGAAAAGAUUGAAAAUUCUCUAAUCAAGAGUGAACUCCUUACUGAAGACUAUCCUAAUAUUCUUUGUGAUUACUAUGAAUCGCAUUUGAAGUUCAUCAGAUCGAAGAGCAAGUUCCCUCGCAACAAAUAUAUUAGGUAAUUUGU